GCACCACCGCUUUCGCCCAACCUCUCUCGGCCUGCAGUGGUCCCUAUUGCCCCACCAUCUAAGUAGGGAUCUGCGUUCCCAACUUAUUAUUGCUCAUUCACACAGGAAACAUUCUUCCUUGAUCCCUCGACCUUGUUACUAACUUACUGUUGCCGCGUGGUUGUCGGAAGGGCACCUCUCAGCUCUUCAACCCCCGUUAGUAGAUCGUGUGGUUCUUAUCCGCUCGGUGUCAGCCCAAAACACUCGUCAACAGUGACGCUUGUGCGGCGCCGCCGCCGCCGGUUGUCUCAGACUAUUCCUUCUUGCUUAUUCUUAUCCGCCUGUCAACCAAAUUUUUUUUCCUCCAAGCAUCCUCUAACCUGCCGGUAAUAGCUCGCCUUUGGAGCGAGAGUGACCACCCCUCCUUGCUUUCUCGAUUGCCUUUUCCUUGCCCUGUUGAGGACGUUCUAUAUCUCCUGCCCAAUCUUUCCUUGUCGCCAUAUCAACCCGGGUCCCUUGCCUGAAGAACAGAGUAGGACGGGAGAGGAGGAUAGGUUAUUAAAAGAAAAAUUGUGUGUUUUGGGAUUAGUUUUCCAACCGGCCUCAUUUUUAUUUAGGGUUCCCCUUCUCUUCCCUCGCCCUUUGCCCUCGGAGAAGGAAAAUCAUUACACUCACAGCGCUGAAGGUACGAAGAAGUGAUUGAGUGAACGGGAUUUUGCCCCCGACGACCGAACAUCAACUACGAAAGAGCUAUCGUAUCAACAUAGACAAUACUGGACGAGAAGCUAUUUUCCUCCUCCUUCAUAACUAGGAGCUACUUUAUUCUUUACGGGGAUCAUCGGAAGGUGGCAGAUAGAUAACAUCAUGUCUGGGGGAUCUUUAAAGGACCUAUCAAAAACCCUGAAUGUGGCCCUGUCUGCACAGUUUCCUCUCUAUCCUUUACCAGAAGACGUCCUUAAUGUCAUACAUGCUUACCUCAACAAACAUAUAAAUUCGGAUGAUCACGAUUCCCAACGACUUCACGACGAGUUGUUGAAUCUACAUGAAUCGAAGGUCCGAAACAGGCCAGAGAAUCAUGCUACAUUUCUAGCAUGCUUCCGAGCCCUUCGGCCUGGUCUGGUCGGUGUGGAGAGGUUAUUAAAGUGGUGGGAUAUACUCGUUCGACCAACGUUAGAUUCCAUGGAGCAAGCAAAGGCUGUUGUGGCGGAUGCUCGGGCUAUAGUUCUCAGCGUGCUAGCUUAUGAUGACGAGGAUGACCCGACGGGAGAAAAGGCAAGGGGAUCGGCAGUAUUUACGGAUAAGCUGUUUGAGGUUUUUCUGGAGAAGACCAAGUUGAUAUCGUCAGAUAGAGGUGCUGGGUUUAAGGAAGAGCAGAAGCAGAGGUUUGUUUCUGCGAAUGUUGAGGUUGUGCUUUUGGCCUUUGGGAAAAGGAGGCCAAAGGUAUUCCUCGAGAAGAUCGAUAGCUUUGUGGUGCAGAAGGAGUACAGACUGCAAGUGUUGGGUUUGUUGUGCAGUUUUGUGCGGUUACAGGGGCCGCACCUCUACCAGAUCCUACAGACCGAACUCCUCGACCACCUUCUACAAUGCCUUGAGAACGAUACAUCGACUACAGUCAUUUCUUUAGCGCUGACUGUCUUGAUCAUGUUCAUGCCUCAUUUGUGCAACUCAUUAGCACCUUAUCUGCCCAGACUCUUCGUGGCCUACACCAGGGUGCUCUGUUGGGAUAAGUUUGGUGUGGUGCGUUUGGAAGAGAUGAAAUUUGCUGGACACAAAGACAGUUAUUCUAGGACAAAUGCUCCUCUGCCUCAGGCUAAGGGCGGAAGUUGGGGUAGCCCUUGGCAGAAAUUGGACUCUUCCUUCGAGACUGCAACUUCGACAACCCCAGAUGUGAGCGAUUACUUCACUUUCCUCUAUGGAUUAUAUCCCCUCAAUCUUAUGGCGUUCAUCCGGGAGCCCUAUAAGUUUCUGGAGCGAGCAAACUACAAGGACAUCGACCACUUAGAUAUCGACGAAGAGACAAUAAGGCAGCGAACAGAAACAUACCGCCAACGGCACACACUUCAUCCGAAUUUCCUGAACCUGACAGCUGAGACAGAACUAACCGACCAAAGCCGCUGGAUGAAGGUGGAACCAGCGGACGUGACGGCGGAGUGUAUCGGUCUUGUUAAUAGUAGUAUCCCAAUGGGCUCUGCACACGACCCAAGGGCUAAAGGGGCUGUUCCAGCUGCUCCUGCAAAGCCAGAACUCCCCGAGGCACUGGUACCUACAGAGGAUAUUCCUAAUGAAAGCCUAUUGUCUUCUGAAGCCGUAGAUGAUGACCAUGCAUCCAAUUCCGGCGCCUCUGCGCAAAGCUGGAGGGGCGAUACCCCUGCAAUAUACCCAAAUAAUAAUUGCACUGAGGUCCUUGGCCUCUUCUCACGCCCUCCCGUAGGAUAUGGGGCCCACUCGCGGGAUUCCCCGUAUACAAUACCUCGGGAUUCCAAGACACCCGAUAGUCCGACAAUACCGCACACGAUAGCACCAUGUGAGGAAGAAGAGCGGCUCCAAGACAUGAUCCGGCUCCAAGAGAAUUUGCGUGCAAACUUGCAUGAGUCUAUGAAAAACGAUUCAACGCAUUCGCUACCACCGCUUCCUGGACCACCUCCUUCCGGCCCACCUCCAGGAUAUGGAAGUGUUACGGCUUCACCCCGGCUCGACGCUUACGUUCACUCACUCAGCCAAAAUACAGUACCGCGGUCACCAGCGCUUCGGCCGGCCGCGUCCGAUACCCAGGGGACUAUCGCAUUCCUACAAAGGGAGGUGAUGUUGCUCAAGAAUGACUUAAAUUUCGAGCGUUAUCUCAAACAGCAACAUCUUUCCCAUAUUGGCCAUUUACAGAGAAAGCAUAUUAAGGAGGCCACUGCGGAAGCAGAGACACAGAAUUUGAUUAACACUAAUAAGACAUUGAAGGCUAAAUUAGAAGAGGCGAAAAAGGCCUAUACAGCUUCGAGGCAGGGGGCUUUGAAGAGUAAAUCCCAAGCUAAAAAAUGGGAAGCUGAGCUCAAUUUCAAGAUACGAAGCUUGCGAGAAGAGCAAAUGGCGUGGAGAAGUGAUGAGGAGUCAACAAAACAAGCUCUCCAGGCGGCCAGAGAGGAAGCAGACCAUUUGAAGAAGCUACUGGCUGAGAACGAAGCAGAAGGAUUGCGAUCUCGACAGAAGCUCCAAUCGAUCUCAUCAGAGAUGGAGGAAGUCAGUAAACUCCGAGCACUCGUCGAUCACCUUAGUAGUAAGCUGGCUCAGCACGAAUCUCACUCUGAAGAAAUCGAAAUGCGCAAACAAAGUGAAGAGGCCGCCCUAGCCCACGCCGAAAGGAUCAGGAUGAGAUUACAGUCACGGGAGCAGGAGGCACAGGACAUGAAGCGCGGCUACGAGAACAAAAUCCAAGAAUUAGAGUCACGGAUCAGCUCACUGUCAAAUUCUCUGCCUGCCGCCCCUGGACAGGCUUUCCAGGAGAUGAUUGAUAAUGCCCUUUCGGCCACGAAUGCUCGUUUCGCUUCAUUAAGGAAUGAACACAACCAGCUUCUGAGCAGAUAUUACAAUUUAAAGAUCAAGUGUAUCAAACUUCAAGCGGAUCGGGAGCUUUCAAACCUUCCUCCACAUCACAGCAGCCUUGACCAUCAUCAAACAUCCCCUAUGAGUCAGGGAUUUAACGACUUGCACUCGUCACUCGCCCUCUCUGACAGUGAAGGUAGCCAAUGCCAUAGCCCGCGUGGGGGUAACCACCUUUAUCACUCGGAGGGGUCCACAAGCCCCCACUCGGGCAGUUAUCCUGAGUCGGCGGAAAGCAACUAUUCGGGAGGCCAGAAUAUGUAUUUUUCGCCUAAUGAUCGUGCUCAGAAUACCCAGGCUGCUCCAAAUAAUGCUAUGCAUCCUAUGUCGCCAGGUUAUACCUCUCCUGGGCCAGCUACAGCGAUGGGGGGUGGCCAGUUUUCGAUGGGAUUCGGCAGUCCAGAACCACAUCAACACCCAUCAUAUCAGCAGCAACACCAACGGAAUCAUCCAGGCCAGCAGCCGGUUCAAGAGCACUCCAACCCACCCACACUAAAACGUAGGCCUUCGAUCGUCGGGAGCACGGUUUCUGGUGCGGAUAACCAGAGUAUGAAGACACUCGGAAGUCAGAGUGAGAGGAAGAGGCGGCGUCCAGAACAUUGGCAAGAAGGAAAAAGAAAAGGCGGCGAAAAAGGAGGACAAGAAGAAAGACAAGAAGAGCCGGUUUCCGACCGGGAGUGGGUUGGCUGGUAUCAGGGGGCUUGUCUAGCUAGAGUUUUAGUUGUUGUGAGGGGUUUGCUUUUCCUUCUAACAGUAAAGUGAGGAGAGUAUGCAGGGGAGCAGGGCACGGUGCUUUCACGGGCUAGAAAGUGCUAGCACUAAUAGAGUACCCAGAAUGGGGGGGAUAUAUCAUACUAUACUUGUGUUGGCGUUCAGAUACGGGCAGAUUUUUACCAUUCUUCUUUUUUAAUCCCUGUUUUUUUUGGGUACGGUGCUUUUAGCCUGGGCGGGUACCGGUACCAGUACCCUGUACUCGUACUGGUUAUCGUAGUGGUGGUGGUUCUCCUCCAACUUUUGCUGUUUCUACUAUAUGGGGUAUGAUACGAUACUAAUUUAACUUAUCAGUGCUCGGGUACUAUUAAUGCAGCUACUGCAGUAUCAUAUCAUAGCUAUGAUAACGUACUUACUUGCUAUCGGAACUGGAUAAUGGAUAAUGAGGAUUUCUUUCCCCCCCUUUCCUCCUUUUUUUUUUUUUUACUUCCGUGGUGGGCUUCGUUUAUUUCGAACUUUACCUCCCCUAGCGUGGCGUCGAGAGAAAAAGAAUACCGGUAAUUGAGAAAGUUGAAGAACAGACAAGACAAACUGACGGACGACCUUUUCCGAAAUCGAUAAGAAUUUACUUUUCGUUAUUCUCCCUUCUUGUGGCACUGUGGUUCCGCGUUUUUUGUUUUUUUAUAUAUACCUUGCUUAUUACGUUACCGGCACGUGGGGGGAUGGAAUAUUUCUCCUGUGUAUUCGAGUAACCUGUUCUUUUCACCUUUAUAUAUUUUCUUAUUUCUUAGUCUCCAUUCCCGUUGCUUCUUCCUCAUACCGGGAAAGGACGAGUAUGGUACUAUUAGUACUCGAGUAUAUGAUACGGGUAACGUUUUCGAGAUGUCAUGGGUUCUUGUGGGGCAUGAUAGACUUGGAAGAAGGAAGAAGAGAGGAGUUAUGGGGCGGGCGAAGUUGGUGCUAGGGGGGAUCAAAUUUAAGCUUAGGGUCCCUGCA